AUGGUCUCUUCACUUUCUGCACCCGGACCACCUCGGACACCUACGCCGCCCCCUGACACUCAAGUCUUCACCUCCAAUGGCCUUGGCAUAGACGGCAACGAAAACACGCCGCCUGCGAUCCACACUGACCACGACUACGACAUACAGAAAGGUCUCACUGACUCGCCGGACAAGUCACGACAUGACGCGAACAAGGCCGAAGAUACCAUGGGCUCUUUGCUCUCGCCGGCGAGUGCGACGUUUCCUGGAAAUGCCUUGAGCCCGCAGAGCACAUACUACAGUCCAGUCACGCCACAGACUGCUAGCACAGACGGCGGCUUUGCAAGUGUAGACAAUGGCUCGACCACCAGCAAUCCGUUUAACUUCACUACGGUGCAGUACACCUCGGGGAAGAACAGUAUUAGCAAGAGUGAGGCGCUGGGGCGAAGAAAGGGGCACAAGUACCGACACUCUUCAAUACAUGCCUCAGCAAUGGACUCGAUCUUUCAACCUCCUGUUCCAAGGACUCCGCUCAGUGUGCCAGCCUCACUACCUAUGCCCACGAGAAAGGAGGCGUGGUGGAGCAUGACGUCUAACCAGACGGCACGGUUGACGUGGUGUCUUGGACACUUUCUGAUCUCUGCACUACUUCUAUUCGAUGCAGCAGGUGCCACGGUGUGUGUAGCAGUGGAUGUAAUGGGCAAUUUCGAGGUAUGGAAGCGAAGCUCGAUCAAACAUCCAUUCGGCUUGGAAAGGGCAGAUGUGCUCGCUGGUUUUGGCAUGGCUGUUUUCAUCACGUUCAUGGGCCUCGAUAUUAUCAGCCAUGGGAUCCAGCAUUCCCUGGAGAAUAUUGGGCAUCACGAGUCCCACUCAACGCACUCGCACGAGCGUGUCGCAGCUGGCUCAGUCGACAUCAGCUCCCUGCUGUCCAUUGUCAGUACCUUGGUCUCUGCCGUGGUGCUGAAGAACCAUGCUCGCAUUGGUAAGGCCAUGCGAUUGGAGCUGAUCGCUGGCUGGGGCAGGAUCCUGGGCAACCCGAGUCACUUCCUCACACUCUCAGCUUCUGCUCUGCUGCUUAUUCUCCCGUUCUUGAACAUGCAGAGCUACAAGUACUUUGACCUGAGCUUCUCGCUAGUCAUUGCCGUACUUAUGAUCACGCUCGGGGUGCGGCUCGGCACCUCUCUAGCAAGCAUGCUGUUGAUGAGCUACAAGUCUGGUGCGGAGGAUAAGCGUGCAGUCCGAUAUGUGAUCGACGAGAUCGAGACGGAUCCUGGAGUUAGUGCUGUCGAGGAGGCACGCUUCUGGCAAGUGCACUACGGAUUGUGCAUGGCGAAUCUGAAACUGAGAUACAGAGAUGGCAGUGGGUAUGGUGAUGAGAUGACGAAGAUAAGACAACGAGUUACGAGCUUGAUACGGCAACGGCUUGGAGAGACGAAGGGCAUGCAUUGGGAGAUCAGUGUACAGAUGGCUGUAGAGCGUGACUAG